AUAAAUUGUCAGCGUCUAAAUAUUAAUUGUUGCAGAUUGCCAUUGUCCCGAUGACAGCAGAAGAAAGUUGCUUAUUUUGAUAAUGACGUCACAGAUUCGUCAUUAAUCGUUCAUGUGCGAACGGUAGCGUGUUGCCAGAUGUAAAACAAGGCUUUGACGUCCAACACAUUUCUGAGUCCCGUAGUUGUGUUAUACGUGCUCGCGGAGUCUGGCUAACUGUGCGUCCGUUCGUGUCUUCACGUGUAAAAUGAAAACCUGGUACCCAAGGGGAUGCUGCUGCUGCUUCAGCCUGAGGGUUGGGACGCUUAUUCUCGGAUCUCUUUCGCUGUUUGGGUCCGUCUUGGUCCUCUUGUCGAGCCUGAGGUUUGUGGCAAGGUCCUACGAAGACUUCAGAGCCGCCUGCAUCCACGUGUCUCAGGAGCGCCAAGUGAACCUCGAUCCCGACUCCUGCGCCAUCCUCGUAAGAAUUACGAUUGCGUUCGAUGGCAUCAUGGCUGCAGUCAGCACACUCUUCAGCAUUCUGUUGGUGGCAGGCGUUAACGCGAGGAAGGAGCGAUGGAUGCUUCCCUACCUCGCUCUUCAAGUCAAGGGCUAUUGUCUGACGGUCCUGGUGUUCGUGCUGCUCCUGAUCAUCGCCAUCUACACGGGAUCAGCCAUUGGGGCUCUGGUGACCAUUCUCGUGUGCGUGCCGGUGAUGCUCAUCCUUUCCUACUUCAUCAUGGUCGUCUACGCUUGCUACAGAGAGACUGAUGAUGCACCGUGUUUUUUGUGAGCGAAACGUCUCUUAAAUAAACUAUGAUGUCUACUAAGAUGUAUCACGAAACCCUCUGAAAUACUGUGAUAUUGCUGACUGGAGAUUCUAUUUAUCAGAUAGUCAAUGGAUUAUAUGAUGCAGCUCCUAAGUUUUUGGAAUUCUCGUCCUCCUCCUGGUUUUCCUGCCCAUCAUAACCUCUUAUUUUACUGUCCUAUAGCUGGAAGAGGCCAUCAAGUUGCUCCUCCCGGCGUCCUUAAAAAAUUCGGAGGCGUCCACGAAUGGUCUUCGUGAGCUGAUAGCUCGACCUACGAUAACGUAUUGUAUAAAGACGGCUGACAUAAUCUUCGUUCCACUUACGUCACACAGGCACACAAAUAAAGCCGGGCCUUAUCAUUGACAGAAAUAAUAAGGAUUACCUUGUCAGGUGAAGGAAUUGUCUAAAUAAAUAACAGGAGGUACGAAAGUGCCGGGCUUAUCUAGACCAUUACAUGUUUGAUUACACAAGAUGGAUCUUGAUUCAUAUAAAGAAAUUGUUUUUUUAUAUGGAAAUUUAUUGCCUUUUUCCCCAUAAGACUGUUUGUACGAUAAUUGAUCAAUUGCUGUAAAACUGUUACCAAUAUCCAGAGGAAAGAAAUGAGGAGUAUUUAAAUGAGAGAAGAAAACGCGUGAAUAUGAAAUACAGAAGCUAUAAGA